GGGAGUAGAUAUCCAAACAUAUCGCUGUAGAAUCGGAUCAUUCUGUAUCAAGAAUAGUUCCAGAAGCUCUGGCGGCUGGACGGGGUGCAAACCUGAGGAGGCCAAUGGAAGCAAUGUUAAACCACUACCAAUGGUCGUGCUUGUAUUAUUGAUGACGUUUAGAAAUGAAAGGUUUGACUUGACGAGUGGUCUAACGAAAAAAAUUUCGAACGAGUUCAGAGAAUGUGUCAGAGAAUUGCUGUCAAACAAUUCUACUGUGCAACACUUCAACAAUCAAGCACACGUUCCUGCAAUGUCUGAAAUUUUUCUGAAACAUACAUAUGUAAACAGAAGCUUGCUUGAUACAGCGACUAACCGACAUUUCUGGUCAGACACUCAGAAUGAAGACAACGCUACAAUUUCAAACGAAGGACUGAAUACUUUUGACGUUGCAGAGGAGAAUACGUUUGUGCAUGAAUGUAUCAAUCGGAAGCCAUCGAGCAGCAUACAGACUCAUUUACUGAUGUCUGGUUUAGAACUUGAUCCUGACCCCAUGCACUCUAUACCUAGAAGAAGGUGUUAUCCCGAAGGGAAGAGGAACAUAUCAAAUGCGUCAACACUUGACUGUACUAAAGAUUCACAUUGUGGGAAAGCUAUACCGUGUAUUGGUUCUGUUGAAGCCGAUAGUUUUUGGGGCACACAUAUUUUCAAAAUGGAUCUUAGUGAUGACUUACAGAACGGUUUGCGCAGCAAGAAUAAUAAGAGAGCUAAACACUUUGCUAUCAGUCGGAUACUCGAUGAAUUAUGCACAUGUGGCGAAUAUUGUCAAUUGGAAUCUCUACCUCUGUUCUACCUUUGGAAGAGAAAUGCAUUUGUGGUAUUACCGUCAGCCUCAUGGUGGAAAGAACUGGAAAGAACAUUUACUGUAGGGUAUGUGUAUUCAGCUGCUUUGCUCGCAUUCAGAAAUGAGUUUAGGCAAUCAUUCCUAUGCCGAGAUGGACAUAAACUUUCGUUUUUGAAUACACUAAUUCUACAUGGACCUGUCGCUUCAAUAAACUUCUAUGAUAUAACUGUGACGAACCCGUUUUGCGGCUUUCAUGUCACAAGCGGCAAUCGCAACAGUAGGCAUAUUUCUCCAGACACGAAUGAGAAACAUAAUCAUCCUUUUAAAGAAUCUGCAGAUCAAGAUAAAUACCCAACACAGGUUUCAGAAGAUGAUAUAUUAAUUACCGAAGAGGCACAGAAGGAAUUAGUUCGAGACGAAAAUACAGAAAGUCUUAACCCCAUGUCACCUGAUGUGUUGGUGUAUAAUUCAACAGCACAUAAUUACAUUCGUUGGGAGAGUCCACCCACAGUACAUACGGAUUCUGUAAAAAGUGUUCAAGAAAUCCGAAACUCAAGCAACCGUUUGGACCGAAUGGACUUGACUCAUAUAGCCAUAAAUGGUUAUCUAAAUGCCAGUGUUGGGAACAGCUCAAAUGACAGAUUUUUUUCAAACGAAAACUCUAGAAGUUUGAAAACAGCAACUUAUUUACACAAAAACUAUCCGGCUGCAAGAUAUCCUUAUUACGAAAACGCAAUUUCAAGGAGGGAGACAUAUCGAGGCUGGCAAUUAGCUCAACCAAACCCAGACAACCUUUGUUCCGCCGGUUUUUUCUUCACUGGUCAGAACUACGACCUCGUGCGGUGUUUCUGCUGUGGUAUAGGACUGAAAGACUUCACACAAACGGGUAAUCCAAUUCUGGAACACGGGAAACACUCUUCUAACUGUCCAUUUAUGAUUGACCACUUUGGAAGUUGCGAAGCCAUUGAACAGUAUAAGCAGAGACACUUACGUCUAGAUCCAGAAGAAAUCAGACAAAGGCAACGUCAGCUAAAUCAGCAACAACAAGGUCGCCCGAUAUCAAACUACAGAGCCAAGCACGAGCGAUUCCGGUCGCUGUCAGCUCGCUUAGAUACGUUCACAAAGUGGCCUUCAUAUAUAUCCCAGAGACUUGAACAGCUAGCAGAAGCAGGGAUGUAUUACACAGGAACCAUGGUAAUCGAUAUACAAACAUAUCGCUUGAGAAUUGGGUCAUUCCAUAUGCAGCGUAACUGCAGAAACGACGGUGAAAGUUAUACGCGGACAGACAGUUCAAAAAGCAGCGACGUUAACAAUAACGCUGCUAAAUUUAUGGCAUUUAUUGUCAUCCUUUUCUGUGCCUUAAACAAUACACAUCGUGUACCAAAAAUCGCAUCGGAAUGGACAUAUGCUACGGGUAUGGAUUCUUUAAAGUCGCAUCAGUUAUUCUGGAAUGAUACUGGCCACCGUUUUUUUCAUAUUUCAGCAAACUUAACGGCAACGGACUUUGCGAAAAUAUUACCGCGAAGAGCCAUACAAAUACAAUUAUAUAUUUCUGGAAUAGAACCAAACCCAGGACCUACAACUCCAUGUUCUGAAGAUAUCACAGAAAUACGCUACAAUGCCCAGCAAGAGCAGUUGCGAACAUUGCAAUCUCGACUAGAUACAUUUAUAAACCAGCAUUCACGAUUUCUGAGGCCAACUAGAGAACAAAUCGCUGAAGCAGGGUUUUAUUACACGGGUUAUAACGACGAGUGUAAUUGUUUCGCCUGCGGUUGUGACUUGAGCGAGUGGGAACCAAACGACGAUCCAUGGAUAGAACAUUGCCGAUACUCCGAUGAUUGUCCUUAUGUAUGGGAGGUCAGAGGUGCUGCAUUCGUAAACCUUUACAGACGGAGGCCAGAGCCCACAGCUGCUGAGACCGCGACUAACCAUCCAGCGUUUAAUAGGGCUAUCGGAGGGCUUUCAAUAAACCAAGAUACAGACGCACAUGGUGUUUUCAACAGGGUCCCAGAAAGCCAUUACCAAAAUGUCCAUCGUGCACAAAGAGAAAGACGCAACACUGCCAGCCAAGAGCCGUUCAGGACAUUUCAAUCUCGGCUAGAUUCAUUAACAAACUGGCAUUCACGCUUUAUGAGGCCAACUAAAGAACAAAUCGCUGAAGCAGGGUUUUAUUACACGGGCUCUGACGAUCAAUUCUGCUGUUUUGCGUGUAAUGUUGUCUUCAAAAACUGGGUACCAUCAGUCGGUCCAUGGGUAGAACACUGUCGAUAUUCUCCGGCCUGUCCUUAUGCACGGGAGGUCAAAGGCGAUGAGUUUAUCAACUGUAUCCAGCAUGUCAUCGAUCAAACAGCAAUCGAACGUGCUUCAAACCAGCAUGACAAUCGAAAUGACAAUGCUUCACUGAUUGACGAUUAUGUACAGGCCAGUUUAGAAAAUCCUAACUUGGUGUACCCUAUGCUAUUCUAACAAGGUACCUGCCGGAUCCCACCCAUGGAAAGACAGACCCCAUACACACUACUUGGAUUGUUCAUUAAGUGCUUUAGUUUAUACAGACUGUGUGCUUAGACAAUGGAGCAUGCGCGUCCGGGCUUAUGACAUUUUUGUUAAAUUAUGCGGAAAUACUAACACAUAAUUUAUGAUAAAAUAUAUAUUUUUGUUGCGUUUAUUAAUAUAAAUAUUAUUAUUAUUAUUAUUAUUAUUAUUAUUAUUAUUAUUAUUAUUAUUAUUUUGACUUUUCCUCAUUGGGCUCUUUUUCCAAAACGUUUGAUAGCCUGUGUGGACAAUCUUUGAAAGCUAUUUUUAAAUUAAGAAAAUCUCUGUCGAAAUUUUAUAACAUUACAAUAGAACACAGGUUAGAAAUGUUUGAUAAAUUAAUUUACCCGGUUUUAAGUUAAGGCUCCAAAAUAUGCCAGGGGUUUACAGAGCAAUAUAAAACUAGAACGAAUACAUUUAAAAUAUUGCAAAGUAUUAUUAGGAGUCCGAAGGCAAACACAGAAUAACUUUAUAUAUGAAGAACUAGGAAGAAUAUCGUUAUCUGCCAGACAUAACAUUAAUGUAAUUAGAUAUUGUGUAAAGAUAGUAAACACACAUAACAUUAAAUAUGUAAAACUUGCUUAUGAUAUUAUGUUCCGAGAAUUAGAAACAUACCCAAAUUACAGAUCUUGGGUCUACAUGGUAAAAAGUACAUUAGGUAAUUGUGGUUUUCACGAUGUGCGGCUGAAUCAAGGUGUAGACAUGUCCCGUAGACAUAUUUUUGAAAAUUUUCAGAGUAAGAAUUACAUAUCCGUUUAUACAAAAAUGGGAAAACCGAAUUUAAUCAAUCAAUUAGAGCAAAAACAUACAUAUUACUAUCCGAUUUUAAAUUUAAAUCAUAUUUAAGUGAUGUAAACAUUCCAAAGUACAGAUUGGCUCUCUCUAGAUUAAGAAUCUCUGCACAUAGGCUUAAAGUUGAAACGGGGUAGUUGGCAUAAACCAAUAGCUAUUCCGUAUGAAGACAAUGUCCUUUAUGCAAUAUUUUAGAAGAUGAAUACCACUUUGUUAUGGAUUGUACAUUAUAUACUGAUGUAAGAAAAGCUUAUUUAAAACCAAUUUAUUACGUAAGACCAAAUAUGUUUAAGUUUAUAGAUUUAUUGACCUCUCAAAAUAGUAAUAUUAUUAAAAAGUUAGCUAUGUUUAUUUUUAAAGCAUGGGAAAUAAGAAAUACGUAUAAUACAUAUCACGAUAAGGGUAGGAUGUUUGUAUAUAUUAAUGCACAGCCUCUCACUGUAUAUUUUCUUCUCUAAAAUACCUAAUACUUUGUUUUACAAUGUAGUGUUUUUUAUGUUUAUAAUUUGAAUGACCAGUGACUGCGUUUUAUGUAUAAUGUAUGUGACAUCUCAUGUAUACUCAUGGGCUUAUUG